UAAAGCUCUAAGCCAGUUAUUAAUAACAGCCCAGUGAGUCUCCUGAUCCAGCUAGGAGCAUAUGGUGUUUUUCACAGAAGAGAGAGAUCAUCUCCUUGACUUUGGACUUCGCUUUUUGAACGCUUGAACAGAACCAAGGUUGCUAAGAGACCACCUGUGCUGAAUGCACUUUGUUCCAGCAAGAGCGGACAGAAGGAACACGAAGCAAGUGUUAUCUAUCACUACCUGAGAUUAAGUCAGGGAGCUGGAGCAUUCUGGAUAUGACGUGUAAAAACUGGAUAUUAAUUUCUACUACUACCCCCACAAGUCUGGAAGAUGAAAUUGUGGGAAGACUUCUAAAAAUUUUGUUUGUUAUCUUUGUUGACUUAAUGUCUAUUAUAUAUGUUGUUAUUACUUCUUAGAAAGCUGAACUCCCUUACUUUACAUGUAAAUUCCAUAUUGAAUUCCAGUGAAUAAAAAUUUGUAGU